AUGCGGCGUAGAAAUACCAAAAACGCACCAUUAGUCCUCCGUCUCUUACCUUGCCUCUGUAUGAGAAGACCACAAAUCGUAAGCACAAGCGUAAAGGCAACAAGAAGAGUGACCUCGUGCCGUUUGCAAGUCGUCUCUGCUGCGCAGGAGGAUGUGAAGAUGUAUCCCUCUUCACUUGAGUAUGGUAAGAGAUACCGACUGGUGUUUAGGCAAUGGGGUGCAGUAAAGAAAAGAACAGAGGCCGAUAGGCACUUGGAUGUCGAAAACAAGUUAUUCGUGACAUUGCUUAUGUGUCAAAUAGUACUUAACUUACGAUGA